CCCCGCCCCAGCCCCCCCAAGAUGGCGGCGCCCUUGGCGCUGCGGCUGCAGGAGCUGCUGGACCCCCGGCCCGGCCCGCGGGACCCCGAGGACGAUGCGGAGGAAGCUACAGUUGCUAAAGUGAUUGACAGAUUUGAGGAUGAAACCACGGAUGACAUUUUGCCUGUUGGCAAUAUCAGGAAAAGAGCCUCAGCCUCUCUCCUGGAAGCUGAUAAGAGGUACAGUGGAAAAGCCACGUCUCGGAAAGCUUUGCAGCAAGAGCUCUGGGGAGAUGCUCUGUCUGAAGAAGGAUCUGCUGAAGAAGCACUAGAUGACUGGUACAGUGGCAGUGAAGGCUCAGAAGAGGAGGACAGUGUUGGCACUAAGGGCAGGGAGAAGCCCAGCAGUGCUGGCAGUGAGCAGGAGGAUGACUUGGAAGAUGAUGAAGCGGCCAAGGCACCAGAGUUCAGCUCCCAGAAUAUCACAGACUUUGAGAAGUUUACAGAGGGGAUGGAUGAUGCAGGGAGCAGUGAAGGGGAGGAUGAAGAGGAGGGUGAAGAUGAUGCUGACAUGGAAGAAGGAAGUGAGGAGGAGGAGGAGGAAGAAUUUGGGAGUGAAAACCACGAUGAUGGAAAAGAAACCAAAGACAACGAAGAUGAUGGGGGAGUGCUGACCUUCUCCAGAGGACAGGAGUCUGAAGAAGUGGAGAAGGGCAAAGCUGUGAGGAACCAGCUAGCCCUGUGGGACCAGCUGAUGGAAGGGAGGAUCAAGAUGCAGAAGGUGCUCAUGACUGCCAACAGGCUGCCCCAGCCAGACACCUACCCCAGGUUCAGGAAGGAGGGGGGACAGGACUUUGACAACGCUGUGGAGAGCUGUUGUAAAACCCUGGAGGCCUUGCUGAAAGUGCUGGUGGAGCUUCAGGACGAGCUGCUUUAUCAGUACCCAGGCACGAGGCAUCUGGUGGAUGGAAAGCAAGCAAAAACUGAGAGUGAGGAUGAAAUCCUGAGCAGCAGCGAUGAGGAGCCAGUGGAGAAGGCUCAGGAGAAGAGGAGGAGCCUCCCCAAACGGAAGCUGAAGUUUGAAGAGUACCCUGAGUUCAUAGCCAAGCGCUACAAGGACUUCAGGACCUACAGGAACAGCACCCUGCAGAAGUGGCACGACAAGACCAAGCUGGCAACUGGCAAGAUGGGGAAGGGCUUCGGAGCCUUGGAGCGCUCGGUGCUGGCGCAGAUCGAUCACGUCCUGCUGGACAGGGAGCGAUUGCUGCGGCGCACCCAGACCCGCCGCUCGCUCUACACCGUGCUGGGCAAGCAGGAGCAGCAGCCUGCCCCGGCCCCACAGCCCGACAGCUCGGAAGUCCUGCCCCCCUCAGACUCCAACAGGCACCUGAAGGACAUCGAUGAGGAGAUAUUUGAUGAUGAUGACUUUUACCACCAGCUCCUGCGAGAGCUGAUCGAGCGCAAAACCGCGUCCCUGGACCCCAACGACCAGGUGGCCAUGGGCAGGCAGUGGCUGGCCAUACAGAAGUUACGGAGCAAAAUAAAGAAGAAAGUGGACAGAAAAGCCAGCAAAGGAAGGAGAAUCCGGUACCAUGUCCACAGCAAGCUGGUGAGCUUCAUGGCACCUAUUGACCUCUGCACAAUGAAUGAUGAUGCCAGGACGGAGCUGUACCGGUCGCUGUUUGGAAAAGUCAGGGAUGGAGAAGAGGCAGAGCAGAAUUAGGAGCUGGGAUUGAGCAGAAUUAGGAGCUGGGAUUGAGCUCCUGGUGUUCUCCAGCUGCUUCUGCCCUCAGCUGCUCCCUCAGGCUGCCCAGGAGCAGAGCCAGCUCUCUCCAGCCUCUGGUUUGUCCCUAAAAUCCCCGGUGAAGGAGCACCAAACCUGCUGAAUCAGAGGGGAGUGAGCCUGGCUGAACACCCCCUGCCCAGCCUGAAAUGCCUCCUCCCAAGGACAAUCCAUUUUUAACUAUUCCCUUUAAAUUCCUGACCUUGAUUUUGCAGCCUGGGCACAGUCUGGGGGGAGGGACACAAUCCAGCCCCCCCUGCAGCUGGGUCCCCCAAAGCUGUGCUAAAACCUUGGAGAUUUGGGGGCUGGGGGGGGUUCAGUGCCCUGUUCUGGUGCUUGGCUGCGUAUUGACUUAAUUUUUUACCAGUCAAGAGGAUUUAAAUGUCAUUUCCAUAAUUAACAUGGCCUUAAAACAGAGGAAAGGUGCUGCUGUGCAGGCACCAGAGCUCCCAGUUCACCUUCUGUGGUCUGCAGUAAACCCCCACGAAGGGAUCCAUCAGAAAUGGGGCUGCCCUGGUGUCACCGAUCCCUGUCACGGCCGUGGUUUGUCCCACAGAGUUCCCCUGGCCCUGGCUGGGCUUUGGGCACUCCAAUUAAAAAGGUUUGUGA